ACUCAUCAGUUCUAUGGGCCGCAGGCGGGACUUCCGUGUCACCUUCGACGGCCUGUCGCCGCUCGCGCCCACGCGUGCUCCGUGUCUCUCUGCUGCUGCUCGUGGGAGACUGCAAUGGAACUCCUUGAAGAAGACCUUACAUGCCCCAUUUGUUGUAGUUUGUUUGAUGAUCCACGUGCACUACCUUGUUCACAUAACUUCUGUAAGAAAUGUUUGGAAGGGAUCUUGGAGGGAAAUGCCCGGAAUGUGAUUUGGAGACAGUCUCUGUUCAAAUGCCCAACAUGUCGGAAAGAAACCACUGUUACAGGGGUUAACAACCUCCAAGUCAACUAUUCCCUAAAAGGUAUUGUGGAGAAGUAUAACAAGAUUAAGGUAACAACAAAAAUGCCUGUGUGUAAAGUGCACAGUGGCCAGCCUCUCAACAUUUUCUGUCAGACAGACACACAGUUGAUAUGUGGUAUCUGUGCAACUCGAGGAGAUCAUAUAAAGCAUGUGUUUUGCUCCAUAGAAGAUGCUUACUUUCAGGAAAAACGUGCUUUUGAGACAUUGUUCCAGGGUUUUGAAACAUGGCGUUGUGGGGAUGCACUUUCUCGCCUCGACACUCUGGAAACCAGCAAGCGGAAAGCCCUCCAGAUGCUGACAAAGGACUAUGACAGAGUAAAAGAUUUUUUUGAGAAAUUGCAGUAUACACUGGAGCAAAAAAAAAAUGAGAUACUUUCAGACUUUGAGACAAUGAAGCUUGCAGUUAUGCAAGCAUAUGACCCAGAAAUCAAUAAACUGAACACUAUUAUACGAGAGCAACGAACAGCUUUUAACAUUGCUGAAGCUUUUAAGGAUGUGUCUGAACCCAUUCUAUUUUUGCAACAGAUGCAAGAAUUUCGAGAGAAAAUCAAAGUGAUCAAGGAAACCAGAUUGCCUUGCCUUACUGUAGAUAUCAACUCCACAAUUAAAGACUUUGAUACUAGCCAGUGGGAACAAUUUAAGCUAGCCGAUGUGGACAAACUUUCUUUACCACAGGAGAAAAGCACUUUUUACUGGGUAAUUUCUCCUUUCUUUUCACCCAAAUUUAUUAUAACUAUUUUGCUUUGCUUGCUUAUAUUUAUUACCAUGCAGAUAUGCUUUAUGGAUUUUCUAGCUGAUACUCUACAGUAUUGGAAAACUGUUCUCUCUGCAUUUGGUUCAGGGUAUCUGGCAGACACAACAGAGAUGGCAGAUCAUGCUAUCUUCUACUGGGAGAAAAUGACAGAUGGUGCUGUAGUUUUAAGUGAAAAAUGUGUAAAUUACACCCUUGUGAUGUUGAAUAACGUUGCUCAGUUUGUGUGCAAAUACAAACUUUUAUAACUAUUAUUAGUGUACAAGAAAUGUAUAUUCAAAGUUAUUGCUUUAGAGUUUGAAAACAAAUCAUUGGUAAACUAGUGGAUCUUUGAAAUUAUGUUGCUCUUCAAGUAUUGAUACUAUUUUUUUUCUGUGGCUUAAGUGUUCAUAUGUUGAAUUUUUUUGCACACUCUGAUUCUGAAAGAAGCUAAUUACAUAUUUGAAAACACCACUUCCUAUUAAUCUUGUUUUUCCAAGGUCAAAGAUAGGACUUGAAUGUAUAAUCUUAUGUAAGAAUCUUAUAUAAGGUUUAUUACUCAAGAUCUACCAGACCAAUUUUGCUAAUUUUUGUUUUAAACUGAAACUUUAGAAAUGUAGACAUGCAGAAAAUUUUGAAACUUCAAAGAAGUUCAAAGUAAUUUGCUCUAUGGUUCAGUGUCGCUUUAUCAUUCUCAGACUACUACCACCCAUGGUGACUUGGGCUUUAGACUACUAUGAAUGAAUAUACAUAGUAUAAUAUGUUAUAAAAAUGAAUUGCAAUAAAGUUGAGUGCAUUUUAGAGUGAA